UUGCGAGUGGCACUUGUAGGUCACUGCAUAUCACGUGAAAGGUCACAUGACCUGCUUUCCCAUAACAAGCCGAAAGCUUCCAUUGAAAACCACCCGAACGGCCAAAGUUUACCAUUGAAAGCCAAGUGAAGGUGCGGUUCGGUUAACUCGUAAACUUGCAUUCUAAUGUCAUUUCCUUAUUCAGGUAAUUCCCGGAGAGGUCGAAAAUGAUCCGCAACAAAAUGUUUCUGGCGUAUCAUUUUGCUGUUCUGCUGGCAGUCUUUGUCCACCUGACGCCGACGAGCUUCUCCACAGAAAAACGAAGCAAGUGUGCUGCUCGAAGUUUGGGCCACGACUCGGUGGUGUGUGAAUGCAACUCCACGUACUGCGACGCCGUCGGCGUCGUGUCUGUCCCCUCGCUGGGUCACUACAUCUCCUACCUGAGCAGCAUAUCUGGAAACCGGCUGGAGGAAGAACAAGGUCCGGUCCGAGCCAAGAGCACCGGACCUGGCCUCAGACUGACUCUCCUCCCAUUCAAGAAGUACCAGAGGAUACGAGGAUUUGGUGGCGCCAUGACAGACGCGGCAGCGCUCAACAUCCUGUCGCUUUCUGCUGGAGCGCAAGAUCAACUGCUGAGACAGUACUUCUCCAAGGAAGGUAUCGGUUACACAGUGGUGCGUGUGCCCAUGGCCAGCUGCGACUUCUCCACACGUCUGUACACAUACGCCGACACACGGGACGACUACAGCCUGCACAAUUUUACCCUGGCGGCUGAAGAUGUACACAUGAAGAUCCCUCUGCUGCAGAGAGCCCAGGCCAUGUCUCCUCAACCCUUGUCUCUGCUGGCUAGUGCCUGGAGCGCCCCCGCCUGGAUGAAGACAAACAAUGCACUCAUAGGAAAAGGCUCAUUGAAGGGGAAACCUGGCGGAAAGGAGCAUAAAAGUUGGGCUCAGUACUACAUAAGAUUCCUUGAGGAAUAUGCCAAAUAUAAUUUGACAUUUUGGGCCGUCACCACAGGGAAUGAACCCACAGCAGGACAAAUGACAAAUUACAGUUUCCAGGCACUGGGCUUCAGUCCUGAGGAGCAGAGGGACUGGGUGGCCUCGGACCUGGGCCCCGCCCUGCAGGCCUCGUCUUUCCCGCGCACUCAUGUCCUCAUGCUAGACGACAACCGCCUGCUGCUGCCUCACUGGGCCAAAGUGGUGCUGAGUGACAUCCACGCAGGCCAGUACAUCCACGGCGUGGCGGUGCACUGGUACCUGGACAAUAUCGUCCCCCCGGGGCUCACCCUCGGAACGACCCACGAGCUGUACCCGGAGUAUUACCUGUUCGGCACGGAGGCCUGCGCCGGCUGGAGCCCGCUGGACCGCGGGGUGAAGCUGGGCAGCUGGCAGAGGGCCGAACAAUACGCGCAUGAUAUCUUAGAGGACUUAAAUCAUUACGUGACGGGCUGGACCGACUGGAACCUGGCGCUGGAUCGGACCGGUGGGCCCAACUGGGUGAAGAACUUUGUGGACAGUCCCGUCAUCGUGGACAGCGGGCGUGAUGUCUUCUACAAGCAGCCGACCUUCUACAGCGUGGCCCACUUCAGUAAAUUCCUGUGUGAGGGCUCUCAGAGAGUCGGCGUGUCUGCCGACGGGGAAACCAGCCUCGAAUUCUCUGCCUUCAUGCGGCCGGACGGCUCAGUGGUGCUCAUCAUACUCAACAGGUCAUCAUCGGCCAUACAGUUUGAAGUGUGGGACCAAGCGGUGGGCUUCAUCCCCUCCACAGCGCCGCCUCAUUCCAUACUCACACUCGUUUGGUACACACCGGGAUUGAAUACGUAAUAAUUUUUUUUUUUCGUUUGUUUGUUCACAUGCCGGUAAGUUAGCCUUAACCCAUCAUUUCAUAAUCUUUUUUUUUGACAACCAUAAUCUUGCAUUAAAAUGCUUUAAUAUGGGAUUAUAAUAGUUACUUUUAGAUUUAAAAAAAAAGUUGACAUUUUGUGAAGAAAGUGCUUAUUAUAUCAAUAUGGUAAUUGUGUGCAAUGUAAAUAUGAAAUUUGUCAUUUUGGAAGAGAUGGUGCUUUAAAUUGUAAAUUUGUAAACAAAAAGUGUAAAGAAUUAUAGGAAUUUUGCAAGAAAAAUAUAAGCUCACUUUGUACAAAAUGAAACGUGUUAUUUAAUUUCAAAUAAAGAGAAAAA